UUCAAAGCAAUUUCAUCCAGAGCGUAGAUAAUGAUCUUCUUCCAGACAAAAAAGUACAUGCGAAUUAAUAAUAUUAUGGUGAUAUUUCAUCACAAUACCAUCAAAUUCAUCUUCAACCGCAGCUUCCCAAUACCCAUAUAAGCCACCUAACGCCAAACAGACCAUACCCCGUAAUUUACAACAGAAAUCCCAUUAAUGGCCAAAAUCAACACGAUACUCUCCACCGCGGCCUCCCUCGCCGCCUCUGCCGUGCUCCUCCGCACCAUACUCAAUGAAUUCCUCCCCUGCCAAAUCAAAGACUUCAUCUUGUCCUCCACCUUCACCUUCUUCACCAGAUUCUCCUCUGACAUCACCAUCUUCGUCUACGAAAUCCAUGGCAUGCUGCCAAACGAGAUGUACAAGGCCGCCGAGACCUACCUCGGCACCAAGAUCUCCCCCAACACACGCAGCCUUCAAGUCGCAAUGCAGGAGGACUCCAGCAACCUGGCGGUCACCAUGAACCCAGGAGAGAUAAUCGUGGACUUGUUUCAUGGGAUUGAAUUCAGCUGGAAACUGAUUUCUCAAGAGAAAGAGAAGUCUGUUUUCGACUACACGAACUGCACCAUUGAGACCAAAUUCUUUGUUCUCAGUUUUCAUAAGAAGAACAGGGAGAAGGCUCUCAAUGUCUACCUGCCUCACAUACUGCAGCAAUUCAAAAGCAUAAGGCAGGAAGAAAAGCCUAUCAAAAUCUAUACUGGUAACUACGACUAUUGGAAUCAUGGUUUUGGAAGUCCGGCGUGGAAUGGAGUGAAACUCAGCCACCCUGCUACGUUUGAAACGCUUGCCAUGGAUGCUGAGCUGAAGAGGUUCAUGAAGGAGGAUCUGGAAAGGUUUGUGAGGAGGAAGGAUUAUUACAGAAGAGUGGGGAAGGCAUGGAAGAGAGGAUAUCUGUUGUAUGGACCUCCGGGAACGGGGAAGUCGAGUCUCAUUGCUGCCAUUGCUAAUUUUCUCAGGUUCGAUAUCUAUGACCUUGAGCUGACAGAGCUGCGGUCGAAUUCUGCGCUGAAAAGUUUGCUUCUUGCAACAUCGAAUCGAUCAAUCAUUGUGAUCGAGGACAUCGAUUGCACGAUAGAUUUGUACAAGAGGAAGGAGAAUGUUAAUGCUGCAGAAUCACUUGGUCGAAAUGGAUGCCAUGAUGACAAGGUUACACUAUCAGGGCUGCUUAACUUCGUUGAUGGUCUGUGGUCCACCUGCGGAGAUGAGCGAAUCAUCAUCUUCACAACCAACCAUAAAGAAAGGCUGGAUUCUGCGUUGCUGCGGCCAGGAAGGAUGGAUAUGCACGUACAUAUGUCCUACUGCUGCCCUUCCGGGUUCAAGACCCUGCUCUUAAACUACCACAAUGUGGGUAACCAUCCUCUUAAACCAGAGGUUGAGAGGUUGCUUAGUGAGGUUGAAGCCACACCAGCUGAGGUUGCAGAGGAGCUGAUGAAGAGUGAUGACAGUGAUGACGCAAUGCGUUGCCUCGUUAAAUUCUUAGAAGGGAAGAAGGUAGAAAGCUCAGACCAGUGAAGCAGUCAUGGAGAAAAGGGGAGGGCUGGGAGAUUGAUGAAUGGUCCAGCUCCCAUUAUGCAUGCUGAUGAAAUUGAUUAUCUUUCUUUUCCCCUUUUUUUUUUUUUUU